AUGCAACCCGGCGGCCUAGUUCGUGCUGUUCAGUGUUCCCCAGCCCUGCCCUGCUCCCAGAGUAAACUAUGUAAAAGUCAGAUAUUCUGGCCUGAACCAGAGAAACAGAAGAGUAGUGCGGAGACUGCAGAGUCUGUAGGCGCAAUGUUUUGGCAUCUCUUAACAGUUUUUGCAGCAACGGCUCUUCACUUCAGUGCGACUGGUGAAGCUUCUGAAUGUUUGACCGAUGGUUUUCCAUUAGUGAGAAAUGUUAGCAAGCUUCCACAAGGUAGCUUCGGGAUUCCCGGUUUGUCUCACACCACCCUUGCGGGUUCAGUCUUGCAUGGCAUGAAAGAGGUUGAGGUAUGGCUGCAAACAUUGGCUCCGGGAGCUCGCACCCCAAUCCAUAGACACUCAUGUGAGGAGGCAUUCCUGGUCCUAAAGGGGAGUGGCACUCUCUAUCUUACGACAAAUAUGCACCCCGAAUUCCCUGGGAAUCCACAUGAGUUCCGUAUCUUCUCAAAUAGCACAUUCCUUGUCCCUAUGGAUGAUGUUCAUCAGGUCUGGAACACAAAUGAGCAGGAGGAUUUACAAAUUUUGGUUAUUAUAUCUCGUCCACCUGUGAAAGUGUUCACAUAUGAUGACUGGUUUAUGCCACAUACAGCUGCCAAACUACUCUUCCCUAUCUUCUGGGAUGCAGUGUGUUACCAGACGCCUUUGGAAAGAGACGAGCUUUAACUUUCCAAUACAAAAAUCACUUGGAUUCUGCUACACAUUGGGUUCAAAAAACACUUAGAAAUAUAUCCCAGUAUAACGCGUGCUGUAUCAUGAUUUUACUUGUGUAUUUUGUAAACCUUCCUUUUCUGCUGAAAUUGGGGUUUGAAACUCUGAGUUCGGCACAAACUGAGGUCCAUUUGAUUUCCACCUGUAUG